AUGGACCGACAACGCAAUAAUGCUAGCUGGUCCUCCCGGCGGAGAGACGGCACUAGUCCAUCCCUCCUUGCAAGUGCCAACAAUGAUAGGACCGACAAUAUCGGACCGGCCCGUCGCCAGCGUGCCAUAACAGCAUGUUUGGUGUGCCGCGCUCGUAAAGUCAGGUGUUCAAAUGGCAAGCCUUCUUGCUCCGGGUGUGUCCGGCUCGGUUGUGAAUGCGUGUAUCCUGAGCCGCCAAGAUAUGGGCCACAAUCCUCUAACCAGAGCAAUUCCGAAGUCCUCGAUAUUCUGCACGAAUUACUGAGGAGGCUACCGCCAGCCACUGAAUCAAGGCGUGAGAUUCAAGCUACCAGCUCGGUUACUACCAUUUCGCUUGCAUUUACAGCUAUGGGUCAUGUUUUUGAAUGGCCGGUAUUCGGCAUCAAUAGACCAUCCCAUGGGGUGGCCUUUGACGUUUUAGGUACUAGUCAUGUGCAAGAUUCCAACCACGGGACGAGCCCGGCUUUUGGGAUGCCACGUCUAGAUGGCGAGGAAAUCUCUGCAUUAUUAACAAGAUUCUUGAGGAUGGUCCACAUAAUGAAUCCAAUCUUGGACUGCACCACUCUGAUGAAUUAUGGGAGAGCCGUUGCUGAACUUGGUCCACAGUGGGAUCCCCGCACCUGUCUUGUGCUUGUUGCUGCGGCACUGGGCGCGAUAGCCGAUCCAUUCAAUUCGUCCACGGAUACAAUAGAGACUCUCUCCAGCUCUUCAUCACGGCAAGACGGAGCUCAAUCUCGUCUAAGAGCCGAGUCGUAUUAUCAAUCUGCCAGAAGGCGAUUUGGCCUGCUAGGCAUAAGCCUUAUGGCAUGUCAUUGUCAUUUAUUGUCCGGCAUAUACCUUUUGUAUACCUUACGUCCAGUAGAAGCCUGGCAGGCGUUCUUUCAGGCUUCAUCGCUGUACACUGUAUAUCUCAAGACUCAAGCUGCGGUGCGUAUUACUAAUGAUUCAGACGGUGGUGAUAUAGAGAUGCUGCCCGACGAGCAUGACUGCCAUGACCAGCUGAGGCAGUGCCUUGAGCAGCGAAUGUAUUGGAGUUGCAUCAAGUCCGAAAGUGAAGUUUGCGCUGAGGUCGAGUUACCCAGAUCUGCUCUAUACACCAUAGACUACCCCUACCAGUUCCCUUCACCUCCGACACCAAAGAGCGUGGAAGGCUUAGAUGAUAGCCAAUACCACAGCACAUCAGCAUCCUCCGCCGCGAAUAUUUCGCCAUCAUCCAGCCACACUGCUGAUAUCCAAGAUUUUAAGGAGCUUCAUGAGAGUACAUGGUUCAACUACCUCUCUGAGAUUUCUCUCUCCAGGCUCUCAAAUAGCGUCGACCAGGCGUUUUAUACGAUGCCUCCAUCUUCCUGGGCGAGCAUGAAUUUACUCGACAUGAUAACAACGGCAUGUGACUUUGAGAGGCAGAUAGAGCGAUGGCAAGAGACCCUUCCUCUCGCCAUUUCUUGUUUUGACAAGUCCUUGGAUUUGUCGACAGUUAGUGAGCUCCAGCUAGCUCCUUGGUUGCGUUCAGCCAAUAUCAAGCUGCGUAUCUACCGCCCAUUCUUAUACUGCCUUGCACACAGGAGAGAUCAAUGCUGGCCGGUUGAUGACGCUCUACGGCAACUGGCUCAAAAGGCGGUACUAUUAUGCCUUGACCCCUUGUUCAACUUCGGAUUGAGGCAUAGAGAUGCUAGAACAUGGUUCAAGUGCCGCGAGACAGCUUGUCGUGCACUGAUACUUAUUUGUGCAGGGAAAAUUGGGCUUCUGCAGAGGAUGUCUCUUGAGCAAGCCGCGCAUGAAGCAUUGAAAGUGUGCCUUGCACACUUGCGGUAUUGGGAGGCAGAGUCAGACGAUAUCAGAUUAACCCGUCAGGCUCUUGAGAAGGCCAUUUGA